AUGGUUCUUACAAAGCAAUAUGAUCGUCAUGCUCCUGAAAAAGUCUUUGGUAUCAUCGGUAGUGGUAAUGCAAAUAAUAUUGCUCUAUUACCAACAACUAUAAAAACAAGUUCACGUCGUAUAUUUGUUCCAGCAUGUGAAAAUGUUCUUUUAUGGGAUCUUAAAACUCAUUCACAAAUAAAUAAAUUUGUUGAUGAAACAACUUUAUCAACAAUAUCAAAGAAAAAAAUUCGUGAAGAAGCAAUUGUUGUUUGUGUUAGUCCAAAUGGAAAACAUUUAGCUGUUGGAUAUCAAAAUGGUAUUAUUAAAAUAUUUUCUAUAACACAAAAUGAAACUCAUGUAAAUUUUCAUGGACAUAAAUCAACUAUAACUACAUUAACAUUUACACAAGAUUCAGCAACACUUAUCUCAGGAUCUAAAGAUACAGAUAUUAUUGCUUGGGAUCUUAUUACUGAAGCUGGCCUUUAUCGUCUUCGUGGUCAUAAAGCACCUAUAACAAAAGUUAUUAUUAUGGCUAGUCAAUCAGUACUUAUUUCAAGUUCAAAAGAUAUGACAAUAAAAUUCUGGGAUAUGACUAUUCAACAUUGUUUUCAUACAAUUGUUACACAUCGAACAGAGGUGUGGAGUAUUGCUUUAGCACAUGAUCGAUAUUUAAUUACUGGUUGUUCAGAUAAUGAAUUACGAUUUUUUGCUUUACGAUCUACAACAACAGAUGAAGAUGAUACUUUUACGUUUCCUCCAAUGAAUAAUGAAAAGACAAGUGAAGAUCAAGUACCUCUUCAUGUUCAAUAUUUAGGUUCAAUUAUUCGUAAAAGUAAACAACGAGUAUCAAGUUUAAAUGUUGAUAAUGAAAGUCGUAUACUUGCUUGUCAUGGUGUUGAAUCAUUUGGUGAAUUUUUUCGUAUAUCAACUGUUGAUGAAAUUCGUACACGUCUUCGAAAACGUUUAUUAAAAGCACGAAAACGAAAAGAAAAUGGUGAUGAAAAAAAUGAAGAAGAAAUUAAAAUUGAUUGGGAUAUAUCAUUAAUAUUUACAUCAUUAUGUGAGAUCAAAUUUGAUGGAAAAAUUCGUGCUAUGAAUCUUUUUAUGGAUACAAAUAUUACAUGCAAAAUAAUUGCACUUACAUUAAAUAAUAAAAUUGAUAUACAUUCAUUAAAUAUUCAAGAUAAAACUAUUGAACAAUUACCAUCUAUUGAAAAAUCUGCUCAUAGAACAGAAGUUCGAUGUUUAGCAUUUAGUUCAGAUGAUAUGCUUAUUGCUUCUGGUAGUGGAGAAUCACUUAAAAUUUGGAAUAGACAUAGUUGUGAAUCUAUACGAACAAUUCCUUGUGAUUAUGCACUUUGUUGUAUGUUUUUACCUGGUGAUCAUUCAGUUUUAAUCGGAUGUAAAAAUGGUUCACUCCAAAUAGCUUCACUUGAUUCAGCUUCAAUUAUUGAAAUAGUACAAGGACAUGAAGAAAAUCAAUCAGUUUGGGCAAUGUGUAUGACAUCUGAUCGACAAUCAUUUUUAACUGGUGGAAGUGAUAAAAAAAUUCAAUUUUGGAAUUUUGAAUUAAAAGAUGAAAAAGAAAAUAAUUCGAAAAAAAUGAGAAAACGUUUAUCAUUCGAACAAAAACGUUCAUUUGAUGUUGGUGAAGAUGUUCUUGCAUUGAAAAUUACUCCUAAUAAUCGAUAUUUUGUUGCGGCAUUAAUGGAUACAACUGUCAAAGUAUUCUUUAUGGAUUCAUGUCAAAUGUUUCUUUCAUUAUAUGGACAUUCUCAACCUGUACUUUGCCUUGAUAUAUCAUCAGAUAGUCGUCUUGUUAUAACUGGUUCAAGUGAUCGUAAUAUUAAAAUUUGGGGUUUAGAUUUUGGUGAUUGUCAUCGUUCAUUAUUUGCACACGAUGAUACUAUAACAGCAAUACAAUUUGUACCAAAAACACAUUUAUUUUUUUCAACUAGUAAAGAUAAUCGAUUAAAAUAUUGGGAUGCUGAUAAAUUUCUUCAUAUACAAACAUUAGAUGGUCAUUGUGGUGAAAUUCGUUGUAUGUCAAUAACACAUAAUGGAAUGCAUAUUGUAACUGCUGCACAUGAUCGAUCUAUUCGUUUAUGGGAAAGAACAGAAGAACCUUUAAUACUCGAUGAAGAAAAAGAACAGGAACGUGAAGCUCAAUUUGAAAAUGAAAUGGAAAAUGAUGAAUUUAUAUUACCUGGUGAAACAAAUAAAGAAAUUGGUUUAGCUACUUUAAAAACAAUUGAAAGUCUUAAAGGUGCAGAAAGUGUUAUUGAAGCACUUGAUAUUUGGCGUGAAGAAAAAUUAAAACUUGCUGAACAUGAAGCAACACAAAAAGCAUUAGGAAAAGAAAUACCUCCACCACCACGUCAUUUUAUGUUACAAGCAUUAGGAAGUAGUUAUACAGCUGAACGUUUUGUAUUUGAAUCAUUAAGAAAAAUUCCUGCAAGUGAUUUGGAAGCAACACUUCUUCUUCUACCAUUUGAUUAUGUUCAAAAAUUAUUAUCAUUGCUUAUUUAUUAUCUCGAUCGAUUUCAAUCACCAGAAUUAUGUGUUAAAUGUGCUGUUUUUUUAAUCAAAAUUCAUCAUGGUGUAUUAACAUCAUCUCAUCAAUAUUUAAAUAUUGUUGAACAAUUACGAACACAUUGUAUGGAUGCAGUAGAAAAAUUAAGAAAUAAUGUUGGAUUUAAUCUUGCUGGUUUAAAAUUAAUUCGACGUCAAAUUGAAGAACAAAAUGAUGUUAUUCUUUUUGCUGAUGCAACACAAAAAUUAACAUCAAAUGAAGCGAAAAAACGUAAAAAAAGAAAAUCAUCAGCUGCUAUUUUGACUAUUAAAGGAACAUCAGCACUUGCUUGA